AUGGGUUCCAUGCGACAUGCCCUGGUACGAGCUGUACUAGGUACAAUCCUAGCUCUCGACCCGGUUCUAGCAACACCUAGUAUAUCUCAGCUCUUCGGACGAGCCGCCUCGACGACCUCCACCGCCGCCGACGCGGUGACCACCUGCAACGGACGGACGGAGUAUUGCACGCGCUCCUAUUCAAAUAUUACAUUCAUGGGCUCGCACGACUCCGCCUUUGUUGGAGAGCUACCGCAGCAGAACCAGAAUAUCAACAUCACCGCACAGCUGGACAUGGGGAUUCGGUUCUUACAGGCGCAAACACACAAGUCUCUACUUGAUGAUAGCGUGUUGGAGCUGUGUCAUACCUCGUGCUUACUCGAGGAUGCAGGAACGCUCGAGGCAUACCUGGUUGUUAUCAAGAACUGGCUAGAUGAGAACCCAGAUGAAGUUGUGACUGUUCUUUUGACGAAUGGGGAUUCGGUGGGAAUCUCUACAUUUGGAAGUACAUUCUCCAGCUCGGGCAUCGAUAGCUAUACGUAUGUGCCUCCUUCUGAGCCUUUGGCUAUUGGGGACUGGCCUACUCUUGGUGAUUUGAUUAGUAGUGGGAAGAGGCUUGUCGCGUUCUUGGACUACGGCGCUGAUACCAGUACGGUUGACUAUAUCCUCGAUGAAUUCGCCUAUUACUUCGAGACGCCAUACGACGUGACCGACAAGACCUUUUCGAACUGUAGUAUCGAUCGUCCCGCAGGUGCCUCUGCCUCGGGUCGUAUGUACCUCGUCAAUCAUUAUCUUGACCUUGAUAUUCUAGGUAUUGAUAUCCCUGACCGUGGUGCAGCAGGGACUACGAAUGCUGCCACAGGCGAAGGAAGCUUGGGCGCGCAGGCUACAGAGUGUGAAGGCAUAUAUGACCGUGCGCCGAAUGUCAUGCUGGCCGAUUUCGUUGACAAGGGUGCUGUCAUUGACGCGCAGAACCAGAUCAAUGGGUUUAGUUCGUAA